AUGGUAACAAACUUCAUAAAUUAUCAAACUCAACCACGUACCAGCGAAAAGGAAUGGAUCAACAAAGACAUCGCCCGGAGCCGAGCCUUCCUAAAAGAACACGCCGAGCUGAUCAUCACACGAGCGGAUAAAGGCGCCAAAACCGUGAUAAUGCACGCCAACGAAUAUCGCGCCAAAAUGUCAGCUUUGGUAGUUGGAAAAACCGAAUAUCACGUUCGGAAUGGCUUCGACUUUUCGAAUGAGAUCACCAAAAUUCAAAUCCCCGAGGGAUACGUUAUGUUCUCUCUCGACGUCGUGUCGCUGUACACUAACGUACCAGUGCAAAAAACGUACGAAAUAAUCGAAGGAAAAUGGGGAGAAAUCAACCAACACACACAAAUCCCCUGGCUCGAAUUUCUGCGAGCACUUAAAAUCGUACUGGAAGCAUCUUUCUUCCAGUACAACGGCAAGAUGUACAAACAGAUAUUCGGGGUUGGGAUGGGGUCACCUCUCAGUGGAGUUGUAGCGAAUAUUCUCCUCGAACACCUUGAGAAAGAAGUUAUUGCAAAACUGAAAACAAAGGGAAUCAACCUUAUAACGUACAAACGAUAUGUAGACAAAAUCGAUGAAAUACAGAAUGAAUUUAACCAACCUUUCGACAGCAUUAACUUCACAGUCGAAAGGGAAACAAAUUAUUCUAUACGAUUCCUGGACAUGACCCUCACCAGAAACGGUAAUCAAAUAAAUAAAAAUUGGUUCACCAAACAACUUAAUGGGAGAUACCUAGAUUUUUCAUCCAGCAGCCCGUAUGCGCACAAGAAAAAUACCGCAAUUGCAUUAAUUGACCGCGCACUUAAAUUAACUGACACAAUAGAACGAGAAAAAAGCAUCUUAACUGUCAAAGGAAUUCUCAGAUGCAACAACUAUCCGAAUGAUUUCAUUGACAAAAUUUUAAGUGCACGUGUUGAUGCAAUCUACAACUCACUCAAAUACGAGGACAGGGACGUCCAAAUGGGCAGAUACGCAUCCUUGACGUAUAUUCCCCAUCUAAGUGAAAAAGUAACUAAAAUUUUACGAAAAUACGACAUCAUCGCUUCUUCAAAACCGGUCAACAAAAUAAAAGACAGCAUUUUCACCAAACUUAAAGAUGAAAUACCGAAAAUGAAACAAACGCAAGUAGUAUACGCAAUCCCUUGCGAAUGCGGUCGCGUAUAUUGUGGACAAACAUCUCAAACAAUCGAAAAAAGAAUUAAAAACCACAAAUAUAGUUUCAAACCAAACGCAUCGACAACCGGCUUAACGCAACAUGCUGUGGAAAACCACCACACAUUCAACUACGAUGAUGUCAAAAUCUUGGAAAAAGUGAGCGAUGAGGGUAGAAGGAAAAUCGCUGAAACACUCCAUAUAAAAUUGAGAGGAGAGCGAGCAGUAAACAUCCAACGAGAUGCCAUGGAAAUCUCUAGCAUCUAUAACGCUCUAAUAAAAAAGCUGAGAGGGACGCCCCAAUUCAAGAGCACGAUCCAACCGAGCAUCAAACCGACGACGAACCAACCUGAAGCGCACCGAGACGACGGCUGA